GGCGGAGUUGCCUUUCCCUUCGAAGUUGGGAUCCCUCAGCACUGCGGAGUAGAGUAGCAUUUACCAAAGCAAAGCGACCUCAAGAAAGAAACCCCACUCCUAACUCUCUCCCCCUUCCCUCACAUCACAUGGCGCCCGAGGUGCAGGCAUCGCCGUCGCCCUCGCCGCCGCGCGCGCCGGAUACGGCCGUUGGUGUCCCCGCGGAUCCUCCCCCGCUGACGCCGGCGCGUGGGACAGGCAACGACUGGUCGGAGCCGGAGAAGCCCCGCAGCGCCCCGCGGUCACCUCCCCCGCCCCUCUCCACCGACGUCGUCGUCGUCGCCUCCGAGCUCCGCGUCGCCGCCGCCAAGUACGUGCCGCCGCGCGCCGUGACACGCACCGCCGACCCCGACCCCGGCCGCGGCGCGGGAUGGUACACGUGGAGCGGCGCCCGCACCGCCGCCCCGGCCUCUCGUCCUGCUCCACCGCCACGGCGGCAGCGGCAGGGGCAGGCGGAGGUUCGGCCGCCUGCGCCUGCACCGGCGCCCGCUCCGACCCCAGCCCCGGCGCCCGCUCCGACCCCUGCCCCGGCGCCGGCUAGGCCGGUCGACCGGGUGGUGCCCGACAUCCUGUCGCGCAAGCGGGACGCGGCGGCGCUGCAGGGCACCGCGCUGGUGGCGCGGGGCGCGGCCGCGUUGCUCUGCCUGGUGGCGCUCGCGGUGCUCGCCGCCGACACCCGCAAGGGCUGGGCCCUCGACUCCUACAGCCGCUACAGCCAGUUUCGGUACUCGGAGGCAGUGAACGUGAUCGGCUUCGUGUACUCGGUGUUCCAGUUCGUCGCGCUGGCGGAGCUCAUGAGGAAGAACAAGCAUUUGAUUCCCCAUCCCAAACGUGAUAUCUUCGACUUCACCAUGGAUCAGGGGAAAAAGAUUCUAUGGAGGAUCAUUAGAUGGGUGCUUCCUGAUUCCUUAUCUUAACUGAAGUAUUACAAGACCAUAAUAUGUGUGUGCAGCACCUUCAUUCUGAUGCCAUUGUAUCAGGGUUUGCCAGCUAUGCUUCUUAUUUUUGUCAAUUUAAGUUACACAUACUUCAAACUACCUGCAUGCCCCUUUACAUUGAGGUGAGAUAUUGUACCUGCUUUUGAGCACACGAUAGCUAGUGCCAGAAAUCAUAAUCGACUUCUGUGAUGGUAAAGAUGGACAACUUGAUCAAUAUCCAACCAUCACACUAUUUUCAAGAUUGACAUUGUAGUUACAAUCACUGUUCACCAAUUGUACCAAAACUGUGCAUUGGAGUUGCCCCUGUUCCUCCUUUUCUUUUUCUAACUAUUUGAACAGAAAACUUGGGGAUAGUAUGCAAAUAUGCUCCCAAAGAUAAGCUUGUUUUCGCAGUGUGUUCCACUUUUCAGUUGUUCAAUCUCUGCAAGGUGAGACCGCUGCUGAUUUCUUCU